AUGUAUUCUGCAAGCAUGACUUGGUUGAGUGGAUCAGCAACCUGCACCGAUACAGAUGACGAGUCUUCAGACGGGGGCGAAUACGUUCCUAGAGACGAGGACGAUGAAGAUAGCGUCAUUGUCGACACAGACGGUAUCAGCGAGGCCGAAGACGCGCACGACUGGGCCGACACCAACGCCGGGGCUUGGGGCCUGGACGACAGCGGUGAAUGGGAGGACCAUGGUGUCGCAGAGGACCUCAGUGCCAUAGAAUAUGACAUUGAUCCCGCUAUCACUGUGGAUGUUGCGGAACUGGAGGGCGACGCGGAGAUGACCGACGGGGAGGACAAUGCUGACUGGGGCCUCACGGACGGCUCGUCGGACAUCGUGACCUCGGACGACGCGGAGAUGGCCUCUGCGUCGGAUGUGGAGGAUGGCGUCAGCGUCAUCUUCGACAUGGACGGCUACUCGUCAAGCGCGGACGAAGAUUACACCCCUCCCGAGGAGGAGAAAUAA